AUGGUAUUGGUUUUGCCACAAGACAGGAGUAGUGCCGCCAAUCUCUGGAAGAGAAACCGAAAAACACGGAAUAAGAAAGUGGCAGUUAAAGACCCUGAUAGAAAAAAAAGGGGAUUUCAACACCAUGGGAAAGUUGAAGAAGAUGCAGAGGAAGAAGAUUCUGAGUCUAAUACAGACACAGAAAGUAAAGAAAAAGAGAAUGAUGGGCAAGAAGAUAUUGUUGAAAAUAGAACCAGUGGAAACAUUAAGGAUGAGAAGAUGGAGACAGAGAUAGGGAAGAACAAUGAAGAGAAGAAGGAAUUACAGAGAAAGCUGGAGGGAAAGGAAGAAGAGCUAACCUCACUAAUUAACAGAGUGAAGCACUUGGAGGGCAUAGUGAUGGCACUAACUGAGAAGUUUGAGUCGCCAAUAGCACGUCCAGGUGAUGACAACGACUCAACUCCUCCUCCCCCACCACCUAGUUUCCCUCCGCCAAAACCAAAGGCCCCUCAGGACAAGCCAACUGACAGCAAGCACUCCAAAAACACAAAAUCUCAAGGUGGUAGUCAGGGAACUUAA